AUGACCACCCCCAUCGCAACCCUCCACGGCGCAAAAGCCAUGAACGAAACAAUCACCCAAAUCGACACCCCAAGCCCCCAAUCCGACGGACCCCUCUUCCCUUCAACCCUUAUAUCCCCAGAAGUCAUCGCCAUCCUCCCAGAAAACUACACCAUCCGCCCUCUCCGCCGCUCAGACUACAGCCGCGGCUACCUGGACGUCCUGCGCGUCCUGACUACCGUCGGCGACAUCUCUGAGGAUGCCUGGAACAAGCGCUAUGACUGGAUUACCUCGCGCAACGAUGAGUAUUACAUGCUUGUUGUCUGCGAUGGUGCGGACCGUGUUGUUGGUACUGGCUCUUUGAUUGUUGAGCGCAAGUUCAUUCAUGUGCUUGGUAUGGUUGGUCAUAUUGAGGAUAUUGCUGUUGAGAAGGGGCAGCAGGGCAUGAAGCUUGGUUUGAGGAUUAUUCAGGCUUUGGACUUUGUUGCUGCUAAGGUUGGUUGUUACAAGAGCAUCCUUGACUGCUCCGAAGCAAACGAGGGCUUUUACGUCAAGUGUGGUUUCAAGCGUGCCGGUUUGGAAAUGGCCCACUACUACUGA